GUCCCUCCUUUCUUAGGGGGGCACUUCCGCCUUUCCGUGCUCUGUUGUUGAUUGCUUCUGAGGCGAUGGACGAAGGCUCGAGACGUGAUCGUUUUGGAGACUGAGAAGCUUGUCCGGUAUAUGCUGAGAAAAGCAGAGCUCGGGCGAAGUGUUGAAAUGGGGUGGGACAGUGUUGCUGGGCUUUUCGUGGCUGGACUAGCUAUAUUCCUGCAGUUGCAUCGUAUAUCAGCUCUCGGGGUAAAUGAGCUCUUGUAUUUCAGAAUCCUCAGUCCCCCGGACAUUGGCUACAUUUUCAGCGCUGCUCCUGCGCGUGACUUUGGCAGCGAUUUUACGUCUUCAUACGAUGAGAUCUUCCUGGUGCCGGCCGAGCCUGUGGACGGAUGCUCUGAGCUCAAGAACAAAGACCUUAUAGAGGGACAGGUUACCCUGCUGGAGAGAGGGGGGUGCUCUUUUGUGCGGAAGGCCCGGGUUGUGGAGGAGGCAGGUGGACGAGCGGUGCUAAUAGCAGACGAUGCCUCGGACAAUGACAGUCAGUACCUGGACAUGAUCACGGACGGGACGGCAGACCGGCCCAGCAUCCCAGCGCUCUUCCUCCUCGGACGGGACGGGAUGAUGAUUCGCCGCUCGCUGCAGAGGCAGUCCCUCCCCUGGGCGGUGAUCUCUAUCCCAGUCAAUGUGUCUGCCCUCGCCUCCUUCCCCCUGCGCCAGCCCCCCUGGACCCUGUGGUAGAACACACACACACACACAUAACACACACGCACACAUACACACACACAUAUACAUACACACACACACAUAAAGACGAGCAGGUGAACUAGUCUGAGAGAGACCAGCCUUACACUGAAGUGUGCUCUGGUCCGUUCUCCAGUGGACAUGCUCCAGAUCUCCCACAAUACCCUUCAUUGUGAUGACCGACACAGCUCGCUAUCCAAGGUUCUUUUCUCUUUUAAAAAUUUUUGCUUUUCUGCAAAAAUUGCAAGUCCAUUGACUAUUAAAAAAAAAAAAUUUCCAGUAAGACAUUGGGAACAGUAAUUGUUAUUUAAAUGAAUAUGAUUUUUAUUAAUAAAUGAGUAUGAUUUAAAAA